AUGGAAGCCCAAGCUAAGGAAAAUGUCGAUGGGACUUCUGGGACACAGCAACCUGACACAGGUCCGACUCUAGCACCUACAACGACGAAUCCCGAGAUUGAAUUAGCAAUGAUGGCAUAUCUGGACGAUCAUCCAGCUGCGAUCAGACGGCUGCAAGAACAUCAGCUACAGCAUGCUCAGACCGUUGGUAGGCCUGGAGUUCCCACGAUCAAUAUCCAGAUGCUUCCGUUCGGUGGAGGAAAGCCUUACCCGCCAGCUCUGCUCAAUGCGGACGACUACGUUGUCGGAUUCGACGGACACCAUGAUCCAAUACAUGCGCAAAAUUGGAGCCGAGGAAAGAAAGUCGGCAUCACAGCUAUCCUUGUGCUGGACUCCUUGGCGGCCACACUCGCUUCGUCGAUUUUCUCGCCCGGCAGUGUCGAUGUUGAAACGUAUUUCGAAGUUGGACCGGAGGUCACGACUCUGGCUAUCUCUGUGUUCAUUUUAGGCUAUGCUUUUGGACCUCUGGCUUUUGGUCCACUAUCUGAGUUGUUCGGGCGACGUCUACCGACUCUUGUCGGAUCCUGUGGCUUUGGCAUCUUCAAUGUCGCGGUAGCCGUCUCUAAAGAUUAUCAAACCUUGGUGAUAUGUCGAUUUUUCGCUGGAGUCUUCGGAUCUUGUCCACUGGCCUUGGUUGCCGCUGUGCUCGCGGACAUGUUCAAUAAUCAGUCCCGCGGCAUAGCGGUCGCGAUAAUUUCAGCGACAAUUCUGUGCGGGCCUCUGGUCGGCCCAAUGAUUGGUGGAUUUAUUGCGAAAUCAUAUCUUGGCUGGCGCUGGACAGCCUAUGUACCAGCUUUCAUGGCUUUCACUUCGUGCGUACUUGCUAUCAUCUUCCAAGAUGAGUCUCAUGCGCCCAGGAUAUCGAUGUACAAAGGAAGCGAGCUUCGGCGUCAGACGCGUAAUUGGGGCAUUCAUGCAAAACAAGAGGAAGUGGAGCUGAGCGUCAAGGAACUCAUGACGAAGAACCUGUCUCGGCCACUUCAGCUUCUCCUUGAAGAGCCAGUGAUUUUGGUCAUCACGGUCUGCACAAGUUUCAUCUAUGGUAUCACCUACCUUUCUUUGUCGGCAUUUGCAACAAUAUUUGGACAGACCCAUCACUUCAGUCGAGGAGUUGCUGGACUCCCAUGUCUCGGGAUGAUAGUGGGUGUCUUCUUGGAACUUUUCGCCGUGAUCUGUACCAACCGCAACUACGUUCGGCAGCUUCGGGCCAACAAUGACGUUCCCAUUCCGGAAUGGAGGAUGCCACUUGCGAUGCUAGGGAGCGUCUGCUUCGCCACUGAUAUCUACUGGGCUGCAAACUAA